AUGGAGGAUGAACGGCGGUUGUACCAGCUCGACGGUAUUGCUCACGUAGCCGGAACCAUUGAUGCAGAGCCAACCCGAUGUGUGUAUAGCGUCCGUAGGCAACAGAAUAUGCCGUUACAUGAUAGGAUCAUACCUUACUUAGAGAGGGCUGGGUUAUACCACCUGGCUAGGCUGAACGCGCAUUGGUUCUGGUUGGAUGAACCUCUGGUUAGCGCAUUUAUUGAGAAGUGGCGGCCUGAGACCCACACUUUUCAUAUGCCAUUCGGAGAGUGUACUAUCACGCUCCAGGAUGUGGCAUACCAGCUCGGGCUGUCCGUGGAUGGCCAGGCUGUUUCCGGGUGCAUGACAGACUUCCACAUGCAUAUCGAGGGGGCCAGACUGGCAUGGGAGUGGUUCAAGGAGUUAUUUGGUGAGCUUCUGCCACCGGAUAAGAGAAAGUUAUACACAGUCCACUUCACAUGCUUUCAUGAGCGGUUCAGGGUGUUACCAGCGGAUGCUUCGGAGGAGACCGUGCGCAUAUAUGCACUGCUAUUCAUGGACAAGAGUGCUAAUCGAGUCCACCUUCGCUGGUUGCCUUUUGUGGCGAGACUUGACGAUAUGGGCAGCUAUAGCUGGGGCGCCGCUGCAUUGGCGUGGCUGUACUGA